UGGUGAAUAUCUCAUAAUGAUGCCGGUCCAUGUUUCCUGGAGAGUCAAUGAGUGAAAAGGGGAUUAUACUGUAACUUCCUGCACUCAAACUCUGAGGAGCAAACAUUAACAUGCCUUAUACAUGGAGGUUUCCACGUCUCAUCCUACAGUGAUGGCGUCUGCUGACCUGAGAGACGAGAUGAACUGCUCCAUCUGUCUGAGCAUUUAUACAGAUCCUGUAACACUAAGAUGUGGACACAACUACUGCCGGGUCUGUAUUACUCAUGUUAUGGAUACACAGGAGAAAUCUACAGUUUACACUUGUCCUGAAUGCAGAACAGAGUUUCAGGAGCGUCCUGCACUACAGAAGAACAUAACUCUGUGUAACAUAGCAGAACGUUUCUUCUCUUCUCAGACAGAGCAGGAAGACACAGGGAUAUUCUGUACUUACUGUAUUCACUCUCCUGUAACUGCUGUUAGAUCCUGCUUGAUGUGUGAGGCUGCUCUGUGUGAUAAUCAUCUGAGAGUACACAGCAAGUCAGCAGAACACGUUUUAUCUAAUCCCACCAAUUCCACGGGGAACAGAAAAUGCUCCAUCCACAAUAAAAUCAUGGAGUAUUACUGUACCAAAGACGCUGCCUGUAUCUGUGUGUCUUGUAGGCUGGAUGGAGAUCACUGUGGACAUCAGGUGGAGUUACUGGAUGAGGCCUCUGAGAGGAAGAAGGAGAAGCUAAAAAAUGUUCUGCACACACUGACCACAAAGAGAGAAGAGAUGGAACAGAAAGUCCACAGUUUACUGGAGCACAAUAGAGACAUACAACAAAAAGUAACUGGUUUAUCAGAGCGAGUUGCUGCCUUGUUUAGGGACAUCAGGAGGCAGUUAGAAGACCUAGAGGUCACUGUCCUGAGUGAGGUCUCCAGACAGGGAGAGCAGGUUUCACUUUCAAACUCUGAUCUAAUCCAGCAGCUGGACAUAAAGAAGGACGAGCUGUCCAGGAAGAUGCGUCACAUUGAGGAGCUGUGUAACAUGGCUAAUCCACUAUCUGUUUUACAGGACCAAGUUUCAAACACAGAUAACUUUUGUGAUACUGUGGAUGAUAAACAGGCUGAAGUUGAUCUCGAUUUGGAUCUGAUCUUUAAAACACUGCACGUGGGCCUAUCUAAUAUUGUAACUUAUGAAAAGAGAGGGAUCUAUUUGCAGGAAGCUUCAAGCAUAUCAUUGGACGUGAAUACAGCCAGUAAUAAUGUCAGUUGUUCAGAUGACUUUAAAUUUGUAUCAAUGUCAAAAACAAGUCAGAGUCUCCCACAUGCACCAGAGAGGUUUGAGAGUUAUCAGGUGUUAGGUACCAGGAGUUUCUUCUCAGGACAACAUUACUGGGAUGUGGAGACCAGUAAGACGGGAAUAUGGAUCGUGGGAAUGUCUUACACAAGUAUAGAAAGGAAAGGAGAUCAGUCUUUCAUUGGCUAUAACAAUAAAUCUUGGGGUUUACGAUAUUGUGAAAACCAAUAUUCAGUGAGACACAACAAACAAGUCAUUAAUUUACCUUACCACAAUUCAUGCCAUAAAUUCAGAAUAUUCCUGGAUUAUGAGGCCGGGCAGCUGUUCUUUUAUGAGCUAAGCGAUCCAAUAAGACACUUAUAUACGUUCACUGCCACCUUCACUGAGCCCCUCCAUGCUAUAUUCAGAGUAUGGGGGGAUUGCUGGAUUAGAAUUCUCAGCUAAUAUUGGAAUCUACAUAGAAAAAUCAUCUGAUAAACUAAUAUGAAAACCAAAAGGGCUAAACAUAUUAUUUUGUUAUAUAUAUUAAUUUUAGUGUUAGCAAGAAUUCCUAAUCCACUUGCUUUCUAUUGCUUUAAAUAACAUUCAUAGAAUUAAAAACUUGUCGCUAGUUGAGCCUUUUACAUUGAUGUUGAUGUGAAAUGGAAGGUGCACACCUACCGACUGUUUACCAAACUAAAGAUCCAUAAUUCUGUGUGUUCUAGGCUUUGGCUUUAUCUAGUCUGUAAACAGUAUGUGCUACAAUUCUUUAGUUUAAUAUAAAAAUCCCAUUAGUUCUUCUUCCUCCAUGCUGUGGGCAGAGCGUAACACACUGAAAGCUGGAUUAAUCAUCUACAAGGUCACAAGGUUUUAAUUGCCCUCACACCACUUUAACAAAUUGUGAGCAACAUAACUUCCUCUGUGAUUCCCAAGUGUGACUGUAUUAUUUUUAUUCUGUACGUUACACAUACAGUACAUGAGUAUAUGAGUAUGCAUUGUCGUGCUGAUUUGCUAUUGUUAAGAUGCCUUUCAAACAUUUUUGUUGUCAUUAAAUUACUAGAUACAAAGAUAAAUGGGUUUCCAACACAAGUGUAUAAAGAGCAUGGGGGGAAGCAUAUAGUGUACAGUACUGCGUGAGUUCUUGUUACUGUAGAACACAUAAUCCUGUAUUUAAAAUACUUGUAUGAUUCUGCCCUUCAGUAACAGCUCUGAGCAUAAUGUGGCCACCCACAGUGGCAUAUCUAUAAAGGAUGCAGUGUGUGCAGUGCACAUGUGCCCAUAGGGCAGGGCAGAGCCGGCCCUAGGCAUAGGCAAACUAGUCAAUAGGGGAUUAUUCAGCUUUAACAGUGGUGGUUCAUGGGUCACCCGACAGACAGUGUUGCCGCUGGCUCUGCUCUUGCACAGCUAAGCUGAGCUGACAGAGGUAGCGUUAGAGUGGGUGCAGUCAGUGUAUGUAUACACACCACAUAUAUAUGCACUGCCUGUGUGAGAUGGGUUUCAGUUACAAUUGUGAGCAUAUAAAAAGACAGACUCGGUGCUGGUGUAGUAUGAAUAAGGGGCAAUACGGUGUGGUGUAAUGUAAAUAAGGGACACUACUGUGUGACGUAAUGUGAAUAAAGAACACUAUCGUGUGAUAUAAUGUGAAUACAGUUGAACUACUGUGUGAUGUAAUUUGAAUUGUGGUAAUUUUGAAUUGUGUGGCCACGCCCCUUACCAGCAAGUACACGCCCCCUUUUUUGAACCGCUUAUCCUAUCGGGAGAGCUGUCCUUUGCAAUUUUAUUCAAGCAUACCGCAAAGAUAAAUGGUGUUAUGCUUGAGAUGAGUAGCAGAUGCAUCGCAUGCAACAUGUGACGCUUGAUGCAUCCUGCCCACAAAGUUGUCCGAGGGGCCUAUUCAUCAUCUGGGGCAUUUCCGCAUGUGUAACAGGCCCAUAAGGGAUGAUGUAGGAGUACUCAACGUUUCUCAGGUUCCACUGCCUAUAGAUGGUGCUACUUAACAAAUAAUAAUAAUGAUGAUGAUGAUAAAUGACUGUUUUGUAAUGAAAUACAUUAAAGUACUAAAUUAUUAUGAAAGAUAUGUAACCAAAAUAUAGUUAAUACAUCACCAUUGAAAGGGUGCUGGUUUUAUUUUAUCAUACACAUUUGAACAGACAUGUAUAUGUAUUUAUGACC